UCCAGGACCAACCUUGCUCUCUUAUCUAUCAACGUGGGAGAUCAGAAGCAAAGCAAAAUGUCUAAGACUCAGCUGGAAAAAUGUUGCGACUGCAUCAUGGACGUCUUUCACAAAUAUUCCACUAUAACGGAACAUCCGGACAUGCUCUCCAAGGGAGAGUUUGCCAACUUGCUGAGGGAGCAGCUUCCAAACUACAUUCAGAGCACUAAGAACACCGAGGCCAUGGACCGCCUCUUCAACGAGCUGGACAAGAAUAAGGACCAGAUGCUGUCUUUUGAGGAGUUCAUGACUCUCGUGGGGAGAUUCAUGAUCCAGUGUCAUGAUGACUUCCACCACAAACACUGAGCCAGCGGCCGGUCUAAUCAGGGUCACCUCUUCGAGGCUUCUGGGCUCAGCCCUGGGGGGCCCAGAAUAAUAAAGAUUUUAAUCUUCCCCAAAA